AUGGGCGAACUACUCAACUCCCACUGGGAAUCAAAGCUGUUCCAACCACUCAAGAUUGGAAACGGCAAGAUUGAGUUGAAGCAUCGGGUUAUUCACGCGCCACUGACCCGCAAUCGCGGGACUCCCCUUUCCGAUUCCACACCAGAGAAUCCGAACCGAGUUUGGCUUCCCAACGAGCAUGUCCUGGAGUAUUAUACUCAGCGUGCCACUGUUGGUGGGCUGAUGAUCUCCGAGGGUCUUCCCCCGUCACUCGAGGGAAAUUGUAUGCCCGGCGUCCCUGGCCUCUUCAUCAAGGAACAAGCCCAAGAGUGGAAAAAGGUCGUUGAUGCUGUCCACGCAAAAGGUGCCUACAUCUACGCUCAGCUAUGGCAUUCUGGACGAGCAAAUAUCCCCCAGCUGACGGGCACGCCCAUCGUGGCGCCGUCCAGUGUGCCUUGGGAUGACCCGAAUGAAUGCUUUGCCUAUCCUCCACCUCACACCUCGACUCAGGUCAAGCUGGCUGAAUUUCCACCCAUUGAACUGACAAAGGAGCACAUUACGAGGACCAUCGACGACUACUGUGAGUCUGCAAGGAUGGCAAUGGAGAUUGGCUUCGACGGUGUAGAGCUUCACGGUGGUAAUGGGUAUUUGCCAGAGCAGUUCCUCAGCUCCAACUCCAACAAGCGAACUGACGAAUAUGGCGGAACUCCCGAGAAGCGAUGCACGUUUGUCAUUGAAUUGAUGGAGAAGCUUGCCAAGGUAGUAGGCGAGGAAAACCUAGCUAUUCGACUCUCUCCCUUUGGACUAUUCAACCAGGCUCGCAGCCAGCAGAGAGUCGAAACCUGGAGCCAACUCUGCCGGGAACUCAAGAGCCGUCACCCAACCCUUUCCUACGUCAGCUUCAUUGAGCCGCGGUACGAGCAAAUCUUCUCCGAGGCUGAGAAACAGAGCUUUCUCGAUUCAUGGGGCCUCCCGGACGUGGACCUGUCCCUGUUCCGGACCAUCUGGGGAGAUACCCCCUUCUUUUCUGCCGGUGGCUUUGACGACAAGAACUCGUGGGGGGUGGUGGAAAGCGGCAAGUACGACGGCUUGUUGUAUGGACGGUACUUCAUCAGCAAUCCCGAUCUCGUCACAAGACUGCGUGACGGCCUCCCCCUGGCUGCAUACGACAGAUCACGCUUCUAUGGACCGUUCCCGGAGCCAACUAUUGGGUAUACCGACUAUCCGGUCUAUCAAAAUCGGGCGAAGUAG